UUAAGCUCGCCGGCAAUAACUCAAAAAAUGAAAUUCAAUACGGUAUUUUCACCUCCAGCGUAUACAGCACCAACAUUUACAGCACCAACAUAUACAGCACCUACAGCACCAACAUAUACAGCAUCUACAGCACCUUUUACAAUGCCAACUUCUACAGCACCUUUUACAAUGCCAACUUCUACAGUUCCACAACAGCAAGUUAUUCUAAUUGCAGGAAAUACAUCUACAUUACCAUUAAGCGAUGGCGCACAAAAUACCCAAAUGAUUUCAAUAGAUCCUUCACAAUUAAAUCAAAUAUUAGCUGUUACUCAACAACAGCGAUACCAGCAAUACUAG